AUGUAUAUUUUGACAGCAACCAACUACUUUACUAAGUUGGUAGAGGCCAUUCCCAACAAAAAGGUUAACUCAGAGAUUGUGUGUAGCUUUCUCAAGGAUUACAUUCGAGUUCGUUUUGGGGUACCCCAGAAAAUUGUGAUAGAUAAUGCAUCAUAUUUCUCCUCUGAAGAGUUGACUUUGUUUUUCUAUGAUCAUCAAAUUUCCCUCUCACAUUCUUUUGAUUAUUUCCCACAGGGCAAUGGUUUGGCUGAAUCUAGCAAUAAGAAUUUGAUAGCCAUCAUGAACAAGUUAGUUGAUGAGAGUGCUCGGAAUUGGCAUAAGAAGAUAUAUGAGGCUUUAUGGGUAGAUAGAACCACACCCAAGAGGGCCAUUGGAAUGGCACCUUUUGACCUUGUGUAUGGCGUAGGAGUGAAACUUUCUUUGCCGCUGGAGUUAUCAGCAACCAAGCUGCAAAUAGUAGUGGAAGAUUCCUUCUUUCAAAAUGCUUUGGAUAAAAGAAUCAUGUACCUGAAAAAGUUAGAAGAAGAGAGAGAAUUUCUGGUGGAUAGGAUUUCAGAAUAUUAG